AUGAACAUUUUUGUUUUAUCGUGCCUAUUAUUUUUAGGUUACUCAAUACCCGUAUCAUUCAAAGAGCAAUGUCAAUGCUCCAAAUUCGCCAAAGAAACCUCAUGUUUGGAAUAGGCGAACUGCAUUUGGAGUGACUAAAUUUGUAAAGAGAGAAGUUGUAGUCAAUAUUAUAUCAAGGAGAAAUGCAAUGCUGUAUCUCAUUGCUCAUGGAAUAUUUCUACUUGUACCUAAUUCACAAAAUGCUCUGACUAUUAUAUGAAUGACCCUUAUGAUUGUUAUAAAAUUGGAAAUCAGGAUAUCAAUUUGUUUUGCAUGCCAACAGAAAACGGAAACGAUUGCAAAGAUUAUGAGCUAGCACCCUGCGGAAAUUUUCAAGAUGAUUGCGUUGGAUUCUAAACUUAAUGGAACUUGUGUUAUUGGUACAAUGACACCUGUAAUGUCGUCGAUAUUAGAUACUGUGACACAUUAAUUAACGAAGAGUUAUGUUUCAUUUUUGGAGAGGGAUUGGGAUGUCAAUGGAAGGAUAAUAAGUGCUAAAUGAUCACUUGUUCCGAUUUCACUUCAGAGAGCACAUGCAUAUUGUAGAGAUAGAACUUCAUUGAAGAUGGUCCUCUUCUGUGCAUGUGGGAUGGAGCAAAAUGCGUAGAGGCCAAAGAUGUGUCCCAUUUGGAUUACUCUAAUUGCUUAGUCAAUUCCUUCUAUAAUUAUAUAUGGGAUUCAGCUAAAGGGGUUUGUGUUGCUUGCAAAGAUUACACACCUCCAUAAACAGAUACCCCAUGAGAAUAAGAUACUUGAUUAAUAUUUUAAGAUUUUUGUAUUUCAGCAACCAAUAACUAUUAAUUAA